AUGACCGGGUUAUUCAGAAAGGUGUACGACUGGCUGAUGCGCACAUUUUGGGCUCAGGAAAUGGAAGUCACCGUGGUGGGCUUGCAAAACGCUGGCAAAACAUCGCUUCUUCGUGUCCUAUCCGGAGGAGAGUUCACUGUCGAUUCGAUACCGACAGUCGGCUUUAACCUGAAAAAGGUGCAGCAUGGGCACGUGCUAUUAAAGUGCUGGGAUCUCGGUGGCCAGCCGCGAUUCCGUUCGAUGUGGGAGAGGUAUUGCCGUGGCGUCAACGCCAUUGUCUUCAUCGUCGACAUUGCCGACUUGCCGCAGAUCCCCGCCGCAAAGGAAGAACUGCACUCGUUGAUGAGCUGCCAUUCUCUUGGCGGAACUCCCCUGCUCGUGCUCGGUAACAAGUCGGAUCUUCCAAAUAAAAUGUCGGUUGACGAUUUGAUUGACUCCCUCGACCUCAAGGCGAUACAAGGACGCGAGGUGUGCUGCUAUGGCAUUAGUGCCAAAGAAGAGACAAACCUAGACGCCGUGGUUCAGUUUCUCGUCAAAUGGGCAGGGCGGUAG